AUGCCUCUCGGGCCCGCGCUUAGGUCGAGUCGGAUGUUUCUACGGUUGAGGUCAACGUCACUUGCGCCAGACGCGCUUAUUAGAGUUGGGCUUGACCUCUGUCAGUCGAGGAACGCGUUGGAAGCUCCUCGCUUCCUCCCAUCUGAGCUGAGGCCACUGUCCUCCUUUGCGCCCUCCUGCCAAAUACCGAUUCGUCCGAUUCCGAACCGCUCGGGGACCUGA